AUGGUGGUUUCCCAACCUUUGAAGGCCCGGAAGCUUUGCGGGACUUUGCAGGCUUCCCGCUGGAAGAGGUGUAUUGUGCGAAUUGUUUCUUGGAGGCGCAGGAUGAUUCUGAAGACACCUGUCUCAAGGAUCCAUACUUGGCCUGGGCUUUGUGGGGCACUCUCCAGAGGAGAUACAGCAACCCACCGGACGAUGCGUUGA